AUGGAAGUCACGAAUAAAUAUAGUCCGAUAACUGGGAUCAACAAUACAAUGGAGACUCCUCCAACAGCAGCAUUUCUUGCACAGUCCAGAGUACCACAAAUACUUUUCGGCAGUAUCUUUCCUGCCGGUAUAGCAACCAUCUUUGUCUUAGGACGGUUCUACUCUCGAAUCAUACUGUUGAGACAUUGGGGAUCCGAUGACACUUUUGUCCUUAUAUCAUGGCUUACUGGCGCAAUUGCCCUCACGGUCAUCAAUUGCGACCUGACCCGAUUCGGCUCCGGAAGACAUGCAGCAGCCUCUUCCUUCUUAGACCUAGGCCCUACGGUAGCUCUCGGAUUUGCAGCUAGGUUGUUAUAUCAAUUCAACAUCAUGGCGACGAAGCUUAGAAUAUGUGCCUUCUAUAUGAGGGUAUUUCAAGAUCGAAGAAGCAAGAUGUUCGUCUGGGCAACGGCGGGCUAUAUCCUUGCAUUCUCGAUCCCUCUCAUAAUUGCAACUAUUCUUCAGUGCAGUCCUCCUCAAGGGGCGUGGAAACCAGUACCGAGCAAGUGUCAUGAUGGGAGACCUCCAUUUGAAGCAUCAGCAAUACUCGGCAUAAUUGCUGAUUGCCUGUUACUCGCUUUCGUCAUUCCAAGAAUUUUGGCUCUUCACCUCCCAAGACGACAGAAAGUUUCUCUUUUUGCGGUGUGCUGUAUGAGCAUUUUAGUCAUCAUCGCAGCUAUCAUCCGCCUAGUUCGAGUCCUCAAAGUGGUCGACAGUACAGAUACUCCGUGGGACAGUUAUGAUAUUUCUAUCUGGACUUCUGUUGAAGUCAACGUGGGUCUGUUCUGCGCGUCAGCUCCGGCUACGAAGCCAUUGCUGAAGAAGAUUGUUCCAGGAAUGGGCUUCUCAACAACAGACUCAUCGCCAGGGAUAAAAACUUCUUCGAGAUACAGGGAGUAUGCAAAGGAUACCAUGGUAUCGAGGAGGAGGCAGACGCAAGCAGGUGGUGACUUUGAAAUGAUGAGCAGUACCGAUUUAGACUUGGAAUUUGGAAGCAUAAAGGGCCAAGGGACAAGAAAAAAGAAUGACGCCUUAUGGGUCAGUGACAGCGACAAGGACAUCAGUCUGAAGGACGGAGAAGAUGGUGACAGGGUUGAGCUGCAACCACCAAGCCGCAAAGCCCAGCGGAUAGCCCUGUCUACAUGUCACCAGAGAUAA